AUUAUUAUUAUUAUUAUUUUUGUUGUUGUUGUUGAAAAUUCAGAUAAAUGUACAAAUGCAUAAUGCCACUAUAAUGCCUAAUGCUAUUAAUUUUGGUAUAAAGACUUCACUCUCAACAGUAUUGUGUAAUUUAUUUUCUUAAUUUAAUUUAUAUUAUUUAUUUUAUUGUAGGGCUGUUUGUUGGGCCUCUCAUUAAGCUAUUCUCUUAUCGGAAAGUUGCUUUUUGUGGUGCAAUACUUUGCUCUUGUGGGCUUAUACUAACAGCUUUUGCAAAUAGCAUGGCACAUAUUCUAGCUUCAUACAGCAUUUUAGGAGGUGUUGGUGUAGGAUUGGCAUGGUCAUCAACUUUUGUUGCUAUGACUCACUAUUUUUCUAAAUAUCGUGGGCAAGCAAUUGGAUUGUCAAUGGUUGGCACAGCUAUAGGUUUCAUGGCUAUGCCACAAGCUGUACAACUUUUAUUGACUCAUUAUGACUUUCGAGGAGCCGUACUUAUUCUUGGUGGUGUAGCUCUAAAUGGAAUGGUAGGAGCAUUACUCUUGCAACCAGUUAAAUGGCAUUUAAAACGAAUGCCUAUUAACACAGAAGCAGAGAUGCAGAAAUCUCUUCUAAAUGUACAUGUAAAGGAGAAAAGAAAUUCUUCUGAUGAUGUUGAAGUACAAUGGAGUUUACUUCCUGGGAAACCAAAAAUUGAGAUCACUCUUAGUGAUGAUACCCAGAAAAAUUCAAUGGGAGAAAAGAGACCACAGUUACCACGUAUUACCUCAAGUAGUAGUAUGGCUGCCAGAAGAAGGAAAGAAUCUGUGAUUUCAAAUAUAUCUAGCUUGGAUUUUACUGGAAGCACAGUUCACAUUGCAUCGCCACUCGAGAGUGAUGAUGAAGAAGAUAGACAUUCCCACUGCCAAGUAAACUCAAAGGGACAUUGGUUGAGGGGGAAGAAAAAUGACAUCAAUGAAAAUACCAAUGCAAGUGAAAGCCAAGAGAGCAGUGCUAAGAGUAAUUAUUGGAAACGUGUUGUAGAUUUCUUUGAUUUGGAUCUGCUGAAAGACCAUAUCUACCUCAACAUUCUUUUUGGUCUCUCCAUAUUUUAUGUGGCAGAAUUAAAUUUCAAAAUGGUUGUGCCUUUCUUUCUUGCUGAUUUGGAAUACUCCAAGUCAGAUGUAGCAUUUUACUUGUCUAUGACAGCUAUUGCAGAUGUCCUUGCUCGUAUUGUACUACCUCCAAUAUGUGAUCGAAUCAAGAUAACAAGACGCACAUUGUUUGCAGUUGCAUCAGUAUUUCUUGGUCUUUCAAGAUCUGCACUUGCAGAACAGACAGAAUAUGUUCCUCUCAUGAUUGCGUUGGCUGUCAAUGGUUUCUUCAGAGGUGCUACACUCAUUAAUUUUACGCUUACUAUUGCGGAACACUGCAGCUUGGAAAAGUUGCCAGCAGCUUUUGGCUUGCAUAUGGUUGCCAAAGGAAUAUUUAUAGUUGUGCUAGGACCUCUAAUUGGUAUGUUUCGUGAUGUCACUGACAGUUACUCAUUGUGUAUUCAUUUCCAAACUGUGUUUAUCUUUUUGUGCCCAUUAGCAUGGGGAAUUGAAUACUUUGUCUUGAAAUUAUGGCCAAAAUCAAGAUGAUGUUUGUAAUACUUUAUUAGACAUUAUUGCAGAAGCCCAAUUCCAGAUAGACAUUUAUGUGCAGCCUUGAAUUUUCAGACUGACAUAAAAUGUAUAUGUAUUUGUAUUUAUAAAAUAGUUAUUUCAGAGAACAUUGCAUUAUAUAAUUUCACUUUGAAUUAUAUUAUUAUUUUUAAGUUGUGCAAUUGAAAGAAUGAAUUUCACUCAUUUAAUUAUAAUGUAGAAAGCAACAUGAUGGUUCUACACAUUUUCUGCCAUUUGUGAAAAUUUAUAUUAAUAAAUGAUGAAUAAAUUGAAACUGAUGUUUCAGUUUCUAAUAUAAUAUUUAUAAUAUUGUAAAAUAUAUUCAUAUAUUUCUGUAAUAUAGCCUACUAAUGAUAUUCUGAAAGUCAAUGUGUUUGGGAUUCAAUAGUUUCAAGAGAACAGGGUAAUUUAAUUUGAAAUAGCAUAGCUGAUUUAAAUGGUUUUGGCUUGGAGAACAUAGUAAAUGCAAAGGGAAAUCAUAGUAAUAAGCAAAGCAUUGCAUUAAUAGGAGAUUCCAAUUACUGUUAUAUGUGCCAAGAGUUUAGGAAAGGAGGUGUCAAUGUUUUAAGAAGUAAAUUAGGUAUUGUCAUGAAACAAUAAAGUCAUUCUGCUAUUAGAAUUACUCAUCAAUGCAUAAAUUUGCAUGUGAAUGUACCCAAUUUAGCAAGCUGAAUAUUUACCUAACCUGAAUUGAUAAGAAUAGAAAAUACAACAUAAUUAGCUAAUUUUGACAAUUUUCAAUAAUUAUAUUACGUUUUUCUGUUUUUUCAUUAGGCGGAUGAGAAAUUAUUUAAUAUAUUAAUAGUCUAAUCAAGAUAAAAUCGUAACAAUUGUUUUGUUGAAAAAUUUGCUAUUUUUGCAGAGGUUCAAAAAUUCUAGUGUAUAUAAUUAUUAUGGCCAAAAAAUUCAAAAACUUUUAUUUUGAUAGUACCCUUAUAAAUAUAUUGUGUUUAGAGAUUUAUUUGGUGCAAGUGUGCAAACUUACAAUGAACAGUGAUGAAAUUGCUCUAAUUCAUAUAGUAAAUAUGAAAUAUUAAUUAGAAAUCUAUUCACAAAUUCAUUUAAUCUUUACUAUUUUUUCAUUCAAAAAAUUUCAUUUCCUAAAUUUUGCAAGUUUGCAUGUUUAUUAAUAAUAUGUAAAUGUUUAUUACAACAACAUCUUUAAAAUUUUUAUUAUAAAUAUUGUUUUUAUUUUUUGUUUGUUAUAUAAAUUUUUAUUAAAAAUUUGAAGACUAAUAAACAUCUUACGCCCCAGGCAUAUCUGUCUGAGCAGUUACUACUUGAAUAUUACAUCUUAACGCAUUGUUUUCUAAAACUAAUGUACUGAGAGCAUUAGGGAAACAAAAUGUACAAACCUGUCAUGGUAGUAUUGAUGUGGAAUAUUACAGUUAUUCUGUACAUUAACUAUAAAUACCUUUCUUUUUGUAUUAUUUUACUUAAAAAUAUUUUUGUAACUUUGAUUCUCUAAGAUUUGUUUUAGGAAUAGUAAAAAACCACAAAAUAUUGUUGCAAAGAGUGCUAUGUUGGCACUAAUGCAUGCCAGAUAAUUAUUUCUAGAAAAGCAUAGCUGAAAUGAAGAAAAGACUUACAUCUAUGAUAUAGUAAUUACUAGUAAGGGGAGAAUCUUAAAAUUGUGUUCCAUUCUAUGUGUGUUCAUUGUGUUUAAUAGAGCCAGGAAAGUUUUCUUUGUUGUUUUUUUUUAUGCAUUUAUGUACACUUUUCAUUCUGUGUAUAUUUUUUUGCUCAUGGUUUUCAUUAUUACCUUUCUUUCACGUAAUUAAUUGAAAAGUAUUUUAUUUCUUAUAUCAUAUCUCAAAAUAUUUGAACUUAGUGUGUUCAUUGUUAUAACUUUGAUUUCAUAGGUACCUCUACAUGAACACAUGUUCAGAAUUCUUUCAUUAUUCUUAAUGAAUUUGAAUAAUAAGAUGGAAAUCUAUUUUGUUGGUUAACUUUUAAAAAUUGUCUAAUAUGGUAAGGAGAUAAAUAUUUAUUUUGAAAUAAGUAUUAUCAAGUCUUUAGUUUAUCAUUUUUUACAGAUGCAUGGUUAUAUGUAUUUCACUCUCCAGUGCAACUUUAUACAAAUUUUGUACUGUUAUGAUACUAUGGUUUCAGCAAAAUUGUUUUCUGAAAUAAAUUUUCUCAUUGUAGUAAA